AUGACAAGAAAAGCCUUGGAUCAAGGAGCUAUACGAUUCAGAAGCUACAUUGAAAGAAGCUGCCGAAGCAAAUCCCACAUCAACAGAAGCAGGAAACGGAGAGUUCUAAACAGGCUCAGCUCCAGCGAGCGGUGGCGCUUUCAGCUGGCACGAGCUUUUGUGGACAAUCCACACAUUCUGGCGAAAAACCGUCCAGUGCAAGAGCUGGACGAUACGAGACAGACCGUGGCCUGCAUACAGGACUUUGUGCAACGACGGGGUUGGGAGGUGGAAACUGAUGACAUUCACGUCCAGCAACGCCGUCCACGUACCAUCAUCUUUACCACAGGUAGCUCCGGGCACAUUGACAUUGCAGACUAUGUGAUACUAUGUGUGGCGCCUCGGGGCUGA